AUGUCGUCGCCGACUUCCUCCGAUGGAGGAUUCUCCUCUUCGUCGUCUUCCGCCACAUCGACGGCUUCGUCCGACGGAGAUACUCCCUCUGCUCCCAAGGCGCCAUCUCCAAUCGUUCAAGCUACACUAAGAAACAUGCUACCACAAGGAUGGAUUCGCUAUGAGAACAAGAAAACGCUUGACACCGGCAGUGUGUCGCUCAACGAAAAGAAGAAGAAGCGUCAGAAGAAGGACCUGCUCCGCGGCGCCAAGACGGCUGUCAUGAAGGCCAUCGCCGCGAAGGACACAGCCGAUGCUCUAUAG